ACUGCAACUCUGAGUGAGUCUUGCAGAUGUGCAUCAGUGAGGCGUGUUCUGUUUGUUCUUGAUGAAGUUCAUGUCAGAAAAGGCUGAUUCACAAAGAUAAGAUUUUUCCUCAAUGUUUGCGGAACCUUAAUCUUUUGGACAUAUUUUCACAGCAAUCUGGCCUUAAGUUUAAUUAUGAUAAAUGUAAAAUGUUAAGGAUCGGAAAUCUAAAGGGAACGUCCUUUCGAAUGGAAUGCAAAGUGCCUGUUUUGUGGACAGAUGGACCAGUUAACAUACUUGGUGUUGUCCCACAAAAUCUGGAAGAUUUAGGCUCAGUAAAUUAUAAUCGACUAAGAAAGCUGGACAAAAUUAUGCAAUUAUGGAAAGGGAAAUCCCUAACCUUGUAUGGUAAAAUGUCUAUUGCCAACUCGUUAAUUAUUCCUCAAUUUAUUUGUUUUUGUCAUUACCAGCUCCAUCACAAAACUUUUUUAAGAUUUAUGAGCGGAGGGUCUUCGAUUUUGUCUGGAACGGCAAACCAGAAAAGAUUAAAAGAGGUUUUGUACAAAGGGUAUGAAUAUGGGGGCCUGAAACUUCUCAACCUUGAAGCUAUGUGUCUGUCUUUAAAAGCAUCAAUUGUUCCAAAGAUGUAUUUAAACAUUGAGUGGUACACAAAUGUCCUGUUGGACAAAAAACAUGAACUGUAUCAAAAGAAAUUGUAUCCUUUUUUACAAGUGAUCCCCUCCCAGAGAGUCUGCUGGGAAACAUGGCGGGGUUCAUAAAGGAAACAAUCCACUCAUAGUGGUGUUUUCAAUUUUAUGUGCCAGAAAAAAGAGACGAUAUUUUGCAGCAGUUAAUAUGGAUGAACUCUAAUAUUGUAAUAGAUGGAAAGCCUUUCUUUUGGAAAAAUAUGUUUGAAAGAGGAAUCAUUUUUGUCAAUGAUAUUAUCAAUGAGAAUGGUAAAAUUAUGAAGUAUGAUGAAUUUAGAGCUAUGUAUGGUGAUGCUUGCUCAAGCUUUUCAUUUUAUCAACUAACUGGAGUAAUUGGGAAAAGAUGGAAACAAAUAAUUAAUUAUGGAACUACUAAAUUAUUAGUUUGUAAACCUCUAAUAAGAAAUUCUAGUUGGCAAAAAGGAACUAAAAUAAAUAGAAACAUAUAUAAUUUGUAUUUAAUAAAGAAAUCUUUGAAAGCUGCCUCAUACAACACAAAUGGAAAAUGGGAGGACUUUUUUGACUGCCCGUUGCCAUGGGAUGCCAUAUUCAAACUAAUCUAUAAAACCACUAUCGAUGUGCAAAAUCGUUAUUUUCAAAUUAAAAUUAUUUAUAACUUCUUACCCACAGGGAAAAUGUUAAAAUUAUGGAAUAUGACAGAGUCAGAUGAUUGCCAAUUUUGUUGUCAGGAGCCUGAAUCCACCCUGCAUUUGUUUUGGUAUUGUCAUAUUGUGUCUUUGUUUUGGGUGGAAGUUGAAAAAAUGUGUUUAAGGAUUGGUUUGUUUAUGAAGCUUAAUGUGGUUUCUGUUAUUUUAGGAGAGUUCAUUGACAAUCAUGAUUUACUCAAUUUAAUUAUAGUACUCGGUAAAAUGUUUAUUUUUAAGGCCAAAAACAGAUAUUCACUUAGUAUUACUUUCUUGAAAACAUUUAUUCAGUAUUUUCUAACUUUAGAAAGUUACAUGGUUGAAAACGAUAAUGAUGCCAAAAAACAUUUAAAAAAACAUGAGAAGUCCUCAAAGGCUUAUUUUGAAAGUAUAAUUAUGUUUAUAGAUUAUAUGAUAUCUGUUGUUGUGUUCCCUAAUUUGAGUGACCUGGACAUAAUUUGGACUGUACAUAAAUGCUUAUUUUGAAAAUGUAAUUUUGUUUAUAAAUUAUAUGCAAUCUGUUGUGUUCCCUAAUUUUUUUCUGUGUACAUGAAUGAAGGUGUGUGUUGCUGAGUCCGGCUUGGACAUUAUCUGGACUGGGCCUGGUUUAAAAAACCCUUUAAACAAAUCUAAUUUCAUUGACAACCUGGUCUGUUGAAGAUAAGGCCCUUUUUAAAAAAAAUAAAAUAAGAUAAAUAAAUAAAAAACAUUUUCUUGGAUAAAAAAGAAAGUAAAACAAUAUAAAAAUAAUUACAUAAAAAAUAGUAAUUAAUGAAAAUGUUAGUGGACCAGCAGCCUAUACAAUCAUGUGUGCUUCAGGGACUGUGUCCCUUGCAGAUGUGUUGUCUAUGUUGUGGGAACCAGAAUAUUGGUAGCAGAAAGAAAUAACCCCUUUUGUGUGAGUGGGUGUGGAUGAGUGUGCAUGGGGGAGGUUGUUUGAGUUUAUGCACUGAUUGGAAGUGUAUCUUGUGUUUUUUCUAUGUAGAUUUAAUUAAAAAAAUUUUUUUUUUUUUUUUUUAAUUUUUAUUUUUAUUUUUUUUUUUUUUAGAACAGGCCCGCGGGCGACUCAUCUGGUCCUUACGGGCGACCUGGUGCCCGCGGGCACCGCGUUGGUGACCCCUGAACUACACCAUCUUCAACCCAAUUAGCACAUGCAGCGGGACAUGCUGUGAAGACUAUAAUGAUGCAUCGGCGCAUCCGCAUCCUUCAAGAUGCGGAUUUGCAAUUUGCCGCGAUGACCAAGAAUGCUGUCCCCAGGGAAACGCCACCGCCAGCGAGGGCACCUGUUGCAACCGCUUGGAGGAUAAGACGUACUACCACGUUGCCAUGGUGACUCGCAAACUUUCCGGUGUUCUGAUUAUGCUCCUUCUAUUUGCGUUGGGAUACUUGGUGCAGCGAGUGUUGUGUUCCAGAUCCAGACAGCUCAACCCGGCGCACAGCGGCGACUCGGCUGUUGCAACCUCUCAGGAGCUGCUAGUGGGGAGCUCCACACCAGACAGCCUCCUGGACUGUGGAACCACGGCUCAACUUCCCACAUAUGAGCAGUGCAAACAUCUGCCAACAUAUGAGGAGACUGUACGGUACGGACAGCCCAAUUCCUCUUUUGGACAAACUACCUGAUAUGGAACACUUAUCUUUUUCCCCCAAUUUAAAGAGACUUGUUACACUUGGAUCUACGUAAAAGAAUUGUUGUCUUGUCAGCAGGAGUAGUUUGGCAUGACUUCCUGAUGAGCUUGAUGCUGCAUAGGUAGCAAUCUGACUAUAAUGGCUCUGCUAAUGUUGAUGAAUAAUUUACAACACCUGACAGCAGAUCUGUAAUAAACUGUUAAUAACUUUGGAUUUUCCUCUGUUUCAGCUUUAGAUGAACCCCAACAUAUACCGCUUAAGCUUUUUUGGCCAAUUAUGUCUCUAACACACAAAGGAUUUGACUCAGACUGUGCUCAAUGUAAGAAUGUCAUUCAGGUAUAUGAGAUGUAUACAUUUUGUCAGAGUAGUUUUCCUAUUAGAGGUUGUGCAGGGAAAUUGCAUUUUA